AUGUUUCUGGUUCUAGUUCUGUUUCUGGUUCUAGUUCUGUUUCUCGUUCUGUUUAUUUCUCUUUCUGUUUCUGAUUCUGUUACUGUUUGUGUUUCUAUUUCUGUUUUUAUUUUUGUUUUUGAUUCUGUUUUUGUUUCUGGUUUUGUUUCUAAUUCUGGUUCUGGUUCUGUUUUUCAUUCUGGCUAUGGAUCUAGUUCUGGUUCUGUUUCUGGUUCUAGUUCUGUUUCUAGGUUCUGUUUAUGUUCUGGUUCUGGUUCUGUUUUUCAUUCUGGCUAUGGAUCUAGUUCUGGUUCUGGUUUUGAUUCUGGUUCUAGUUCUGUUUCUGGUUCUGAUUAUGAUUCUGUUUCGGAUUCAGUUUCUAAUUCUGUUUCUGGUUCUCUUUCUGUUUCUGUUUCUGAUUCUGUUUGUGGUGCUGUUUAUGUUUCUGGUUCUAGUUUUGUUUCUGGUUCUGUUUAU